ACGACUAUAUUAUUUGUUGUUUAAAUUAAAGACACUAUUUUUUUAAUCCAUAAGAAUCCCUAGCCAUAAAUGCCGUAUGUGUACAGUAUAUCUGUUUUACUAAUGACGGGGAAUAAACCACAAUCCAAACAGAAUUUAUGUCGGUGAUAUAGUAUACAUUUGAAUAAUACUGUAAAACACAUGACUGUCUGUCACAUGCCACAACCACUUGAAAAUGUUUCUAUACGUCACAUACAUACACGUCAUGAAAAUGUCAUCAACACUGCCCUCUUUCGACCAAAGCCAGAACUCCAAGUGCAGAGUUGGGCACAAGUAGAACACAUAACGGACACAAAAACGAUACUUGGUCAAUAUUAAACAUUCCUUCCAGAAACAUUACUUCAGUAAUUGGUUCUAGUAAAAUUAAAUGGGGCCAUAUCAAACUUUGCUAGCGCCUCAACAAAGAACCACACACACACAGCCCUUGUUCUUUGGUUUGAUUGGUGCGCGGCAUUACAGUACUCCGCGCUGUCAUUGGCUGCCGGAACAAAACGAAGGGCGACGAGUAGCAAUGAAGCUAAUCGGAAAUGCUAAACGCGGCUAUGCUCUUAUAACUACAGUAGCAAUUAAAACUGGAGCCUGACAGGAUUACACGUCCAAAAAUUGAAAUGGACAAAUACAUCUAUACUGUGUAUAUACAUUAAUAAAUCUCAUUUGAGUAUCUUGUUUGCAUCUAAACUUGCAUUUCACUGAGUAAUCUAGCUUUUCUGAAUGUUUAGACACAUGAUAGCUUUGUAUGAGGUUUUUAUCUGUUGCCUCACCUUUAGACAACUGAAAAGUACAUAAUGUGUAAAGUUAUCCAUAUCUUAACAGGCAGUUUCAACAAAUGUCAAACAGCCAUUUGAGUAUGCACAAGGACUUUUAUUGACAGCAGACAGAACACUGAAAACUGGAAGAAACUUCAAUGUGAAAGUUUGGAACAUUGACUAGCUGAGCUUUCAAAGUGACAGGAAAAACAAUUAGGCAAUCUCCUCCUCAUCCUCCUCGCCAAAUUCACCUUCCUCCUCAGCGGUGGCAUCCUGGUACUGCUGGUACUCGGACACCAGGUCGUUCAUGUUGCUCUCGGCCUCCGUGAACUCCAUCUCAUCCAUGCCCUCACCAGUGUACCAGUGGAGGAAAGCCUUGCGCCUGAACAUGGCUGUAAACUGCUCUGAGAUGCGCUUGAACAGCUCUUGGAUGGCAGUGCUGUUGCCGAUGAAGGUGGCGGCCAUCUUGAGGCCUCUGGGAGGAAUGUCACACACGGCCGUCUUGACGUUGUUGGGGAUCCAUUCCACGAAGUAGCUGCUGUUCUUGUUCUGCACAUUGAGCAUCUGCUCGUCCACCUCCUUCAUGGACAUGCGACCACGAAAGAUGGCGGCCACCGUCAGAUAGCGGCCAUGGCGUGGGUCGCAGGCGGCCAUCAUGUUCUUGGCAUCAAACAUCUGCUGGGUGAGCUCGGGUACGGUGAGUGACCUGUACUGCUGGCUGCCUCUGCUUGUGAGGGGAGCAAAGCCGGGCAUGAAGAAGUGGAGACGGGGGAAGGGCACCAUGUUGACGGCCAGCUUCCGCAGGUCAGCGUUGAGCUGCCCGGGGAACCUGAGGCAGGUGGUGACGCCGCUCAUGGUGGCGGAGACCAGGUGGUUGAGGUCGCCGUAGGAGGGUGUGGUGAGCUUAAGGGUGCGGAAGCAGAUAUCGUACAGGGCCUCGUUGUCGAUGCAGUAGGUCUCAUCCGUGUUCUCGACCAGCUGGUGGACUGACAGCGUGGCGUUGUAGGGCUCAACCACUGUGUCGGAUACUUUGGGGGAGGGCACCACGCUGAAGGUGUUCAUGAUACGGUCUGGGUACUCUUCCCUGAUUUUACUGAUGAGCAGAGUGCCCAUACCAGAGCCAGUGCCGCCACCCAGGGAGUGGGUGAGCUGGAAACCCUGGAGGCAGUCACAGCUCUCCGCCUCCUUCCUCACCACAUCCAAGACAGAGUCCACCAGCUCUGCGCCCUCCGUGUAAUGACCCUUGGCCCAAUUGUUACCAGCACCGCUCUGGCCUGCAAGACAGUCAAGAGUGAGCUUCACAACACCAAAAUGUGAAUACAAACCAUAUAAAACACUUACCAAAGACAAAGUUGUCUGGUCUGAAAACCUGACCGAAGGGUCCAGACCUCACUGAGUCCAUUGUGCCUGGCUCCAGAUCAACCAACACAGCACGGGGAACAUACUUUCCACCUUGAAAAGCAGUUGCAUGUUUAAUUGAGGAUCCACUAAAACGAGGAAGUCAUUUUAAAAAAAUGAAUUAUAUGGCCCUUACCCGAAGCUUCAUUGUAGUAGACGUUGAUCCUGUCCAGCUGCAGGUCACUGUCACCAUGGUACGUGCCAGUUGGGUCAAUGCCGUGCUCAUCACUGAUCACCUCCCAAAACUAAUUCAAACGAGGAAGAAAAAAAAACAUUAGAAUUAGUUUUAGCAAUUUACCGUUGGAAUGUAUUGCAAUCCAUAGCUCGAAAUGGCAGCUCCCGCCAUUAUGCAUGAAACGCGCGCGCGCCCUCACCCCCUAUUGGCUGAGGCCCCAUUUUGAAAAUGGCCUACGUCACUAACCGCCGGUACAACCCACUGCCGGCAAAUGCCCGGCUCAGCUCGAGACGCAAUGCGGUGUAGGCCUCAUCCAGAUCAGGCUUAAAUUAAAUCAAACCGCAAUCGUAACGGGUCACUCAUCAAUAGGGUUUAUCCAUAUUCCCAUUUUAAAAAAGGACGAAACUACUUUUGUACCCAAUAUUAAAUGACAAAGUUAUCGAAUUAUUGAAAACUCAAUUGAAAUGACUAGACACAACUAGAGUUCAUAUUCUUUAAGAAAAUGGUUGCGUAAAAAAGAAUUUGGAGCAAGAAAAAAAAACGACGAAAUAUGUAAAAAAUGAGCCAGAUGCACUAAAUAUAGACCAUAAAAACGAUCCUUCGACAUUGAGAAAGGCAUAAUUCAGAACCGUUAUAAGGAAAUCUAAAGUAGGACACGUUAGUAAUCCUUGGGUGUGGUUUCUAGGGCACCAACAGGCACAAAGCAAAGACUCCAUCGCAGCAGACACGGUUUCUACGCAAUUUCCAGACACAAAUGUCAAACUGUGAAAUUGUAAAAGCUUUACUAACCUUAGCACCGAUCUGGUUUCCACACUGGCCGGCCUGAAGAUGCACAAUUUCCCUCAUUUUGUCAGGCGUCAACACGAGUUGCUCUACACAGUUCUUUGGCUUGCUGGAAAUGCGCGCACAAUGGCUGAACACCCAGCUUUAUAUGUCAAUGACCCGCCCAUUCCCUGAACUCCUCGACUGAUUAUUCGUCCACCAUGAGGAUAUCCUGACAGACACAAUUGACAACCAAUGGGAUUGCACUAUGACUGUAGCCCAUUGGCCAGGUUUCUUGCCAAUCAUUCUAUCUCAGCCGGCCGAUGUGAGGAAGUCAGGAGGCUUCAACCAUGAUGAGAUGGCGAAAUUGAAGAAAAGCAAAAAGACGAAUGUAAUGUAUCUUUACAAACAUAGUUGUUGAAUAAUAAUACAAUCUAAUAGUUGUUUGAUCACACCUGGUUUGUAUUUCAUUGGGAAACGUAGGACUAUACAGAGUAAACAGAAACAAAUCGCCAGAUAGAUAGGAAAUGUAUGGAGUAAAGAAUUAUAAUCUAUAGUCAAAUAUGUCCAUUUUACCCAUCAAAUGACCCUUUAGAUGUACUAUGAAUAUGUCUUUUACUUCAUGUUGCAGUUGCUAUGGUCAUGUCUCCAAGCACAGAAGGGGGUUGGGAGUAUUUCAGAUGGUUGUCGCCAUGACGAUGAAGACCCCCCACCCCCCAGGCCUUACAGAAUUCUAUGCAUUAUAACAGAGUUUUAUGUACGGGUAAGCUUUACAUUCACCAUACAGCAUUUACAGCAGCAUUUACGCAUGCCGCACAUUUUCAUGCAGAUAAUCUGCCGUCAAGUCUGGCAACGACUGGAAUUAACUGCGGCCGACGAACAUUUUGUCCAAAUAUUCUUUGACGUUUCUGUUGAGCCUCUGAAGGUGUUUUUUUUUUUUUAAAUGAGCGCCACCUGUCAUAAAGAGUAUGUAGGUCAUGCUAUCUGUAAUCUGACACACAAAGGCCUCCUCUGUUUGCAACGUGACAAUGCCGCUGAAAGGAUGGAUUCAGAUGACCCAUGGUAACACUUCCCCGUGUGCAAAUCAGCAAGUAUUUUCCUGUUUUUACCAGUUGAGCCUCGGUAAUGUAGCUUAAACAUUAUGCUUUGUAAAAUAAUUCAUACAAUGCAUCAUGCAAAAAACAACAACAAAAAAGACAGGAAUAGCGGGUAGACAGGUAGGAGUGGGGGAGAAUGCCAAAUUUUGUUAUCCAUUCAAUACCAGGUAAAUCCACGGCCCUGUGUGAAAAAGUGAUUGCCCCCAAACCUAAUAACUAGUUGAGCCACCCUUGGAAGCAACAAAUGCAAUCAAGCGUUUGUGAUAACAUGACAUGAGUCUCUUCCAUCACUGUGGAGAAGGUCUGGCCCACUCACCCCUGCAGCAUUGUAAUUCAGCCACAUUGGAGGGUUUACCAACAUGAACCUUCUUUUUAAAGUCAUACGCAUCAUCUUAAUAGGACGGUCAGGACUUCAGGUCAGGACUUUGCUAGGCCACGCCAAAGUCUUCAUUUUGUUUUGUUUUUUUCAGCCAUUCAGAGGUGGACUGUUGUGUUUUGGAUCAUUGUCCUGCUGAAGAACCCAAGUUGGUUUCAGCUUGAGGCCGGACAGGAUUUUUUUGGUAGACAGUAGAAUUCAUGGCUCCAUUCAUCACAGCAAGUCUUCCAGGUCCUGAAGCAGCAAAACGGCCCCAGACCAUCACACUACCACCACUAUAUUUUUCCGUUUGUUAUGAUAUUCAUUCAUUUUCUACCGCUUAUCCUCACGAGGGUCGCGGGGGUGCUGGAGCCUAUCCCAGCUGUCUUCGGCUGAGAAGCGGGGUCCAGUCAAUCACAGGGCACAUAGAGACAAACAACCAUUCACACUCACAUUCAUACCUAUGGACAAUUUGGAGUGGCCAAUUAACCUAGCAUGUUUUUGGAGACCCGGAGAAAACCCACGCAUGCACGAGGAGAACAUGCAAACUCCACACAGAGAUGGCCGAGGGUGGGAUUGAACUCGGGUUUCCUAGCUGUGAGGCCUGCGUGCUAACCGUGCAGCCCUGUUACGAUAUUCUUUUCUCAAAUGCAGUGCUACUUUUAAUUAUUUAUUGGAUAGUUAUCUGCUUGCAGUUUGCCAUUUUUUAUUUUAAAGAUGUUUACAGUUUACAACAAUUGAAUAUGUUUUGCAUUGUCACCCCUUAUUUUACUCAAAACAGUCUUUCAAAGCAACAUAUGUACUGAACAGUGAUGAUGCAGUACCAUUAGACUUUACUAUCACACCCCCACCUUGUUGACGUGGUGGUACUUCCCAUGACUCAGCAUCCAUCAGAGCACUGCAGCAUUUAGCGCUCAUCCCCCCAGCACUCUGAUCAAUACUGUAGAGGAAACAGAUGUUGUUCCUGCUUGGCUGACACGCCCUGAAUUGAUUGUGCUCGCAUGCUGUCAUGUGGGGCGGUCCAAAGAUUGAAACAUUUUCUCCUGGCAACAUUACUGUACAGUCCUCAACAAGAAAAUUAUGCAGGAUAUGGACCCAAGGAUACAGUAUAUCACAAUAUUUUUGGGAUGUACCAAGGUAUCAUGAUGUACAAUUUUAAUUCAGCAGUAUUGUAAAAAAAAAAACUACAAUCCUGAAGCCAUAUCAUGAAAUACACUUGUCUCAAAUGAUAAAGUGCUAACCUUUCUAAUGGGAGGUCAACCUCUGCCCACAUUGCUACUAAAUCUUCUACAAACUAACGCCUGUGCUUGUGAUGAAGGAAGAUGUAGUCACCCAUGCAAUUCCAACUGCAUAUAGAAGAUAUAUUUUAUGACACUCUGUUUGCGCAAAUGUCACGGUCACGGCCGUUUCGUCAAUAGCAGGGUAUAACCAGGAAUUCUGGGCCUCGUGAAGAUAAUCAUGUUUCACCCAACAUUACAGUAAUGACACUUGUACAAGUGUAGAAUACUACAUAUGUCUCAUCUUUGAAUGUGUCUUCUGGAUGCUUUAUAGUUGUAUUUUAAUUCAUUCAGCCAUUUUUAUGCUUGACCAUGCAACUUCUGAAAAAAAAAGUCUGAAGUUGAUAAUAUAUGUAUGCUGCUUUUGUGAAUAUGAACAUGGGAGCAGUUGUGGAACAGGUGACUGGAGCAGCUGUGUUCAUGUACAGUAGGCCGGCGAAGAGGAAACACUGAUUCACUCAUAUCGCAUUACCCUGGCCAUAUUUCAGCUGCGUUCAGUCAUUUUGCUGAGAACCCAUCCAAAUGUGUCAGCAUGUCAGGACACACUUUGUGUUGAAUCCAGGUUACACCCACGCCCAUUCCAUUGUCAAGUAGGCUCAAAACACAAAGAGGUCACAUGGGAAAUAACCUGGAUGAAUACACUUUUAAUGUAGAUGUGAAGAUUCAUUGGCAUACUAUAUACUAUAUAGUGGGAGCAAUUCAUACAACACAGAUUAACCCGUAAGAAGUUGUGUUUUUUUUUGUGGGUUUCUUCCUGAGCUCUGUCUGUUGUUGCUAAUGUAGCAAUACCGCCCUCAAGCGACCAUUUGUUGAAACUGCAUGCUAAGUUGGUCCUCUGGAGCCCAAGAAUGAAACAAACCUGAAAUAUGACAAUAUUUCGUUUCAACUGCAUGCAUACAAUAAAAAAAACUGUUGUAAUAAGUAGCUUUAAUUUUAAUGUACUCUAAACCUCCAAGAUAACAAUUUCCAAAUCAUUUGUCACAUAAAUGCUCUGUGUAGUGGCAGAAAUAUUAUAUACAAUGCAGUCACAGACAGAUAAAUGAUAUACAUUGAGAUUGAGAAUUGUCAACAGAGAUUGCACGUUUCAGUAUGUCAAUUGUCAACAUUAUAUAUGAACAUAUAUAUACACUGUUGCCGCUGUCUACGCAUUUGUUUGCAAUACAGUAUUUGGAAACGACGCAGCUCUACGUUUGUGUGUGCGCGCGCAUGCACGCGACAGUUAUUUCGCCCCGCCGUUUUGUCCGAACUUCCUCGUCGUAACUUUGCCAUUUUUGACUCUUCGGCACUUUGUUAAGGUGUGAAAGUACAGAAAAAAACUGAGGACAUGUUCAAUCGGGUCAACAGUCGUUCUUUAACCACUGGGACCGAUGGCUACUGUGAGAAACAUGACAGCAUUGAAGAUGAAUCGACAUCAGAUGACUCUAUAAGCCUGUUGAGUGAGCUCAAUCCCAUCCAAAGCAGAGGGAAAAUGGAAGAAAGUGGUUUCAUUUUAGCCACCGAUAGCAAUGAGCAGACAAAUAAGGGGGGAAUAAACCAACUCAACUCUCAUCCAAGGAUAGAUCUGGGAAAUAUGUCAGAAUAUGGAGUGGAUGAUGCAGACAAUGCAAAUCACUGCCAACAUGGUAAUAUCCACAAGAGAGAUGGAAAUGCAGACGAUCUCAUUCACGCAGCAUGCACAAGAGAUGUGGCUUAUGACCAAAUCCCCCAAGCUGGAGCCAAUGUUAGUGUGGAGGAUAUUGCAGCUCUCCACGAGGCCUCUGCCCAGGGUAACGUGGUCAAGGAGCUGUUCAACACUGGAGUCAAUGCCAUCGUACAAAGCCAGGAUAAUGCUGUUUUUUCUGGACAAGACCAGUUGAAUCAUUCGGUGCCCAUAAGUCAGAUUUUGGCAGCUGUGGAGAAGAAGCAGAAAGAAAUGUCCACUUGGUCCCUGACACAACCACAGGAUGGAGUGAAAUAUUAUUCAGCUGUCACGCAUAUUCACAAUACACUGGCUGAGGUCCUCGUCAAGCAGCGUUUGGAGAAGGCUAAACUUGCCCACAAAUACAAAAGCAUGACUUCAUCCAUUCUUCGACAUGGAGUGAAAAUUCAACUGAUCUCCCUUUCUUCGCGGCAAAGGAACUUUGUGCGCAUCCUCCAGAUGCAAAUGGAUUUGGUAAUGCCGCCUCACAUGUCCAGAUGUACCACUAGUCAUCAGAACAGUCAAAGCUUAUUGGCCCAGGACUCCUCAUCCGAGAUGACGGAGACGGUGAAGGGUUCCCAAGACAAAUCUGAUCAACUCAUUUCAAAAAGCCGACCCCGCAGGUCAAGCAGACAGAAAGCCAUGACCCAGACUAAUGGCAGGAUCCUUACAGUGCUACCAAGUCACUUUCCAUCAACAGCCCAGCUGACAACGAAAAGAAGAGUUUCCCAACCGGGAAACUCUCUGCAAGCCAACAAGAUUCAGGCCAAAGAUAACGCUCCACUGUCACAGACAAGAACUGACAAACAUGGCCGACAUCUCUCUCAGCUUGUACAGAAGGGGCUCAUCCCAAGUGGAGGUGCUCUCCAGCUUUUGUUGAAGGGUGACUGGCACUUUGCACGCGUGCUGGAGGACGGCUCAAUAAAGGACAGCAAAGGAAAAUCCCACUUGUCUCCUGAGUGCUGGCUCCGGUCUAUCCUAGCUAACAACAUCCCUGUCAGCUGUACAUAUGCCUGGGACAAGGUGAUGUUCCAACACAAACCUUUGUCUUACUUCUUCCAAAAGGUGUCUGACCAAGGCGCAUCAGAGGCGCAUGUCCAACGUUACAGUCAUGGAUGUACUCAGGAAACCCCGACCACAGGUCAGAAUCAUCUACCGGCUAUCAGGACGCUUUAUUUGGUGGCUGAUGAAGAGCUGAUACCAAACUCGAUCAUCGACAGCUACUGGAAGAGACUGUUACAGAGUGACGUCCCGCAAUUCUAAUGGCAAUUUCUUCAGCAUCUCCAGGUUUGAUUUGAGUGAAAAGUUGGAAGAAAUGUUGUCCCUUGAAGUUAUGUACAUUUUACUUUUUACUUGACAUGUCAUGCGUUAGCAGUUAAAUGUAUGGUCACCAUACCCACUAAACGCUCAUGUGAUACUCAAGUCAUUCAAUAAAGUUUUGGUACAGUUACUUCAUCUGUUCUUUUGGUGGCUUCCUCUGCAAUUGGCUGAAGAACCAAAACAAAUAUUACUCAAUCUAAUGCAGUAAUGUAAAGUUCUACAUCUGUGGUGUCCAAUACAAUGUCAGUCAAUAUAUACUAUGUUAUCUGAGCAAAAAGUCGACAUCUUGGCCUUGUGUUGUAGAUGACAAAGCAAAUUUGUGUAGCACGUGGUCUUCAGUCUACGUAGGAGUUGCGUACCCUCAAUAGAUUGAGACAAAUGCAGCAAAAUGGAUUAUACACCUUGUGUAUUCUUUCGUGGCGCACCAAGCUUCUUACUUUGUCCUUCUUCCGUACUUAGUUUGAAAAACUGUCUUGAGUUGAGAACAGAUCAAUUGGAGGCUCGCUAGCCCAGUAGCAUGCUAAGUGGGGGCCGUCCCUUGUAUCCCUGCAGUGUUCCCGUAGCCUGCGCAUUACAGUUGAACAAUGGGGUGUUAUUUCCUGUCUAUAGGGCUCUAAUAAUGUUCAAAUUCUAUUUAAAGUCUACAGGUUUUCUGUGCGCUAAAAUAUUCCUUUCUAAUAUUGAAUCCUACUUUGAUAAAAUUCACUUAUCACAGUCGGGCGACUGUAAAUGUUGAAUGAAAGGAAUAAAUGAACAUUAAGGUUACGUUUACCUUCACUGAAGACAUGAUUGGUCCCAAAGACAUGAUGUGGCAGUGAGACAUCACGCCAACACCACCUUCCUGUUUUGCUAUGAGUUUUUUCUUGAAUUCAGUUGUGUUUCUGGCUUCAAAUCUCUGCUUCUAUUUUGACCACUGUUGCAAAAUAACGGAUUUUCUGCACUGUAAGGCGUACAUUAUAUGUUAUAUGACGCAUGCUAAACAUACGAUUGAAGCGCCAAAGAGUGUGGAAUGCAACUAGCAAACUUUAUUUUUCACACUCGUAACUGCAGCAAAAGGAGAGGUCACCCCCCCCCCCCCCAAAAAAAAAAGGCGACGGAAGCAAAACAGUGAGUUUAGUUGAACUUUAUUCGACUAUUGAACAACAACACUCAGACAAUACAAUUAAAGCAGGUACCUUAGCCAAGCUCCACUCGCCAGGCACGUCCUCCAUGUUCUCGUCAAUUUGGCCUGCACCAUUGCAAACACUGAAAAACUAUCAUCAACAUAAAUAAGCAAUACCUCUUUGACAGAAUAUAUCAAAGGGAGUAUUUUUAGCUUAUUUGAAAGUUUGCAGGCAUAGUGUUGUGUGCUGAGUAAGCCAGUGUGUAAAUAAUAGAUAUGUACUUGCCUUGCAGAUAACAGAAGCUUUGCUGUAGUUAAUCAUUAGAGA